AUUACGUCGGACUCAUAUACAUACCCUUCUUCUUCUCUAUAUUUUAUAUCUCUUGACUAGCCCUCGGCCGGCCGACUCGCACUCCGCUGCCACGUCCUGCUUCAGCUGUCUGUAUAAGGGUUUCCAUAUUCAGAAACCCUUACAAGAUGCCUGGCUUACAUUCAACAUUUCAACAUCAUCAGCAGUAGAAAAACGAGCAGUCGUCUGUAUGUAGUCCAGAAGAUGAACUACGCCGACGACCCAGCGAUAGCUGGCUCACUAUCAUUCAACCUCGUCUCCAAAUCCCUACGCAAGGACUCGCGAAGCGUGCAUAACCGGCUCUGCUCGAUCAAGAGCGACUCGGAGUUUGUGCUUGCCGUCGCAAAGGCUUAUGAUUUACCUCUAGUUGCGAAUGAGAGGUGUGGGCGGUGGUAUAUCCCACCGAAAUUGAUUACCGACUCGGUAUACUUUAAAAGUACAGACGGCCACACUGAUAACUGGGGGUUCAGCUUACGUCGACUGAAUCUGCAUAUCAUAGACCUCAUAAAGUCGAGAAGCGGAAUAAUAAUAGUAGACUCCACCCGCCGCGGCAAACGAAUGCCAGACUCCCUCUCGAAAACGAUCCCGAUCUGGUGCGCGGUCCUAAACCGCGCCGUGUUUGGUUCCCCCGGCGACGACGGGCGCGCUCGGGCGGCGCCGGCCGGGAACGGCGCAAAGAGCGUGCAUGUGCCGCCGUUGGCGGUGUCGUCGUCGGAGCGGGAUCAGAUCGCGGCACGGGUCGAGGGGUGGACUUGUGAGUUUUUGAAAUGUGGGAUAGAUAUAGCAAGGCUUAGAAGCCAGAUCGACAAGCCUCUACGGCCGAUCUGGGUAUACCCCGACGACUCUCUGAUAUUGCCGCCGCAGAAACCAGAGUACAAGGAUUUCUACCCAAUCGUACUGUGCACUGCAUCUCGGAUGGUGCUGGAUGGUGCUGAGCGGCAGAGUUAUACGUACGUCCAGGGUGCUGCCGACGAUCAUGAAGCUUGGGCAUCUGUAAUCACGCCUGAUGUGUUCUGGACCAACGAGGACGUGCUACUGAACGCAUCAGACGCAGAAGUCGAGCAUCUAAUCGAGCAGAAAAGUCUAAAAGGACUACAGCCGUCUUCAUCUAUUCCCACUAAUGUUCUCGAGACCUCUCCGAUCGCGCAGACCGGCGUGUUUAUCGGGCAUAAAACUGGACUCCUCGAAUCCUACGACGAGGUUGACGAGACGUUUCGAUAUAUAGUCGAUCUGUCGACAUCGCCUACGAAAAUGCCAGCACCAGCCUCUGCUGAUUCCGCCAGGUUUGUGUUUCAGCAUCCGGUGCCGGAUGGAAAACGAGGCUCAAAGAUCUUUCGCACCGUGCUUCCUUCGAUACUCUCGUUCCUGACCUCGUCCGACAAGACGUUUGCCGUAUCCGGCUCGGGCGCGAAGCUACUCGUUCUAUGUGAUCCGGGCCAGGACUUUUCAGUCGGCGCGGCGAUGGCUUUAUUAUCUCUGUUUUAUGGUGAAGACGGGGUGGUUAAUGAUCAGAGCAAGAUGACGAGCGCGAGGAUUGAUAAAGAGCAUGUACGCCGGAGGUUGACGUACAUCAUCCUGCACAACCGAGUUAAUCCGAGCCGGGCGACGCUUGUCUCUGUCAACUCUGUACUGAUGGGGUGGGACUAAAUUGUAUAUAAAAAUGGAUACUGUAUAUAUAUGGGCGGAGGGGGUU